AGUUGCUCGAUGAAUGCAUGAUGGCUUAAUACCUCGCUAGAAAAGGUUACCACCACUUUGGCUCCCUGCGUUACUCGCAGUGUCUCGCCAUGGAGGAGCUACUGAUACCCACAGAUGCCGAGGAGGUGCCCCCCGAGCCUCCCCAAUUCUUCUCUCCAGCAGGACCUGCUAAAACCCCACUGGAGAGAGUGAAGGACUGCAUGAAGAGCACAUUCUCGGUCAAUGUCAUGGAGUAUGUGAAGGAGUACAUCAGGCGAAAUGGACUUCUGACUCUCUCAGUGCUGGCUGUGAUCACAGGAUGCAUCCUGGGCUUCAUGCUGAGGGGUCUGGCCCUCUCCACACAGGCAAAAAUCUAUUUCUCCUUCCCUGGAGAGCUGCUUAUGCGAAUUCUUAAAAUGCUGAUUCUCCCUUUAAUCACCUCCAGUUUGAUGUCUGGACUGUCGUCUAUGGAGUCAAAGGCCUGCUGCAGGAUGGGAGUGCUGACGGUAACCUAUUACCUUUGGACCACGUUCAUUGCCGUAGUGGUUGGCAUUAUACUUGUUCUGAUCAUCAAACCUGGCUAUGGAACAGACAUGGAGAGCCAUAGGCUGGGGGGUGGACAGGUCGUGACAUCUGCAGAUGCACUGCUAGAUCUGGUCAGAAAUAUGAUCCCCUCCAAUCUCAUUGAAGCCACAUUUCAGCAGUAUAAGACAGACCUUAUUCCCAUUUUAAAAACUCCAGUGAUCACGGGACGCCCAAACUUUGUGUACCUGAUGCCUGAUGAAGACAAUCCAAAGGGUCGAACUGUGCUUUUGGAGCUCACGCCACCUCCAGAUAUCGAGUAUAAGACUCGUCCGGGUAGCAGCCAACAGAUGAACGUACUUGGCAUUGUUAUUUUCUCAGCAACGAUGGGUCUCUUACUUGGUAAAAUGGGUGAACGGGGGGCUCCCCUAGUAAAUGUUUGCCAGUGCAUCAAUGAGUGUGUGAUGAAGAUCAUUAAUGCAGCUGUAUGGUAUUUUCCUUUUGGGAUUAUCUUUCUUGUGGCCGGGAAAAUCCUGGACAUGAGUGAUCCGUCCACACUUGGGAAGAAGCUGGGCUGGUACGGGAUAACGGUCCUGGCUGGCUUGUUUGUGCAUGGCCUCAUUUUGCUCCCCUUCUUUUAUUUCAUUCUGACACGUAAAAAUCCUUUCACAUACAUCAGAGGGCUUCUGCAAGCCAUGGUCAUUGCCCUGGCCACAUCGUCCAGGUAUGAGCAGCUUCUCAUUAAACUCCACAAAUUUAAUAAAAGUAAUACAUGCAUUGAGUACAUGAUCUCUAAGUGUGAGUUGGAACUACUUGUCCAAUGUCACAGUUCAGCAACACUGCCCAUUACAAUGAAAUGUUUGCUGGAGAACUGCCAUGUGGACAGGCAGAUUGCCCGGUUUGUGCUGCCAGUUGGAGCCACCAUUAACAUGGAUGGAACAGCCCUUUAUGAAGCAGUGGCUGCUAUUUUUAUCGCCCAGGUUAAUGAGUAUGAGCUGGAUCUUGGACAGUUGGUCACCAUCAGUAUAACAGCAACCGCUGCCAGCAUAGGUGCUGCAGGAAUCCCUCAGGCAGGUCUUGUAACCAUGGUGAUAGUAUUGACAUCUGUAGGACUGCCACCAGAUGACAUCACACUGAUUGUGGCCAUUGAUUGGAUUCUAGAUCGGUUUAGAACAAUGAUCAACGUACUAGGAGAUGCUCUGGCAGCUGGAAUCAUUGGCCACUUGUGUCGAAAAGAGUUCCCACCUGACAGUGAAACCAAAGUGAAUGGAGCUUCACAGGCUACUCAGACUGCUCGUAAAAUGGAGAAUGUGCCUUUAACUGAAGUACCACUGUUGGCCAGCAAAGACUGCAUAUUCGAGGUGGUUGGGGACACGGUUUUUGAACGACCCACAGUCUACUACAAUAUAUGUCAAGUCUGAGUCAUCAGACAGUGGCCUUAAAGAUUUCCAAGCCAUUCUUUUGGAGCUACAUUUCUACUAUUGUGCCAUUAAGCACUGAAUGAACAAUUUGGUUGAUCAAUCGUCAGGCUUUUGAUUAUAUUGACUAAUAUUGGCUGUUUUGUACAGCUGAUUACAUUUAUUAUUUUCCCUCUACAAGGGACAUACUUCUAUCUACAAGGAUAGGCCCAACCUCUGAUUUAUGCCCACUUGUGUAGCCUCUUCUUUUGGAAGUCCACAAGUGAAUGCAUGCCGGCAUGCAUUUACGAAUUUUGUUAUUCGGUGAUUGUACAGACUGUCAAAACACAAACCGUGAUUACAUCACUUGAACGGAACAGUAACUUAAAGUGGGAGGGAAAUGUUUACUGAGAGACAGCUGAAAAUGCACAUAUAAAAGCCAAUUAUCUACAGUUGUGUGCAAUAAAAAGGGUGAAUGAUUUGUAAAUAUUUUUUUUGUUUUGUUUACAUAUUAAUGAUUGCUCUUCUGUGUAAUGAACUUCUAAUACAUGUUUGUAAUAAAACAAUCAUU